UCACAUCAAACAGUAACUGUCUCGUUUGGCCAGGCCAGAUGCGGGACGUUAUCAAGCCCGUUUAGAGUUAGUGCAGUUUAAGUCGUGAUUUCUCGCCAUAACCAUUCCUAAACAACAUCUCACGUCUAGUUCAAUGUACACAUCUCGCAUGAAAUAAAACUGAGAAAGGACCCCAGUGUAGCAGAGCCGCACAUACACCUCCCACCGUACGUCACCUAUCCUCCGAAAGUUACGCACGGGGAGCCUUGAGCUUUUCCACUUCCAGUCUUACAUUCCUUUGAGAUACUGGGUUGGAUACUAAACCCUUAAGUCGUUACUGACAGAAGGAAAGAUGCUGCAUCAGGUGGGAGGAGUGCGUGUGGCCCUGGGCCUGCUGGUGGUGCGGAGGUCUUGCCUGACCUGUCUGUCCCGCACUGCCCACACCUCCCCAAAGGCCCGCGAGUACAAGCCCAUCAAGAAGGUCAUGGUGGCCAACGCAGGUGAGAUUGCCAUCCGUGUGUUCCGGGCAUGCACAGAGCUGGGUAUCCGCACGGUGGCGGUGUACUCCGAGCAGGACACGGGUCAGAUGCAUCGGCAGAAGGCGGACGAGGCCUACCUCAUUGGCAAGGGCCUGCUGCCCGUCGCCGCCUACCUGCACAUCCCCGACAUCAUCAAAGUGGCCAAGGGUAACGGGUUCCCAGUCGAACGCUCGGACUUCGCCAGGGCAUGUGCGGAUGCUGGCAUCCGUUUCAUAGGCCCCGCCCCCGAGGUCGUACGCCAGAUGGGAGACAAAGUGGAGGCGCGAGCCCUCGCCAUCCGUGCAGGUGUUCCGGUGGUGCCGGGUACAAACGCGCCCAUCUCGUGUCUGCAGCAGGCCCAGGAGUUCUCCAGCACGUACGGCUUCCCCAUCAUCUUCAAGGCCGCUUACGGAGGAGGAGGGAGGGGCAUGAGGGUGGUGCGCGAGUACGAGGAGCUGGAGGAGAACUACCAGCGGGCAUACUCCGAGGCGCUGGCUGCAUUUGGAAAUGGCGCUCUGUUUGUGGAGAAGUUCAUCGAGAAACCGCGCCAUAUUGAAGUCCAGAUCCUGGGAGGUGUUGGUGGUGCCUCUGAGCAUUUCUCCAUCCAGAGACGGCACCAGAAGGUGGUGGAGAUCGCCCCUGCCGUGCAGCUGAACCCCCACCUCCGAGACCGACUCACCGCCGACUCCGUCAACCUGGCAAAACUGGUGGGCUAUGAGAACGCCGGCACAGUGGAGUUCCUGGUGGACAAGCACGGGAAGCACUACUUCAUCGAGGUCAACUCCCGCCUUCAGGUCGAGCACACGGUUACCGAGCAGAUCACAGAUGUGGACCUGGUGCAUGCCCAGCUGCGUGUGUGUGAGGGACGGAGUCUCCCAGAGCUGGGUAUCAGACAGGACAAGAUCCGGAUCAACGGUUCUGCCAUCCAGUGCCGGGUCACCACUGAGGAUCCGGCCCGCGGCUUCCAGCCUGACACGGGACGCCUGGAGGUGUUCCGUAGCGGUGAGGGCAUGGGGAUCCGUCUGGACAGUGCGUCGGCGUUCCAGGGCGCGGUCAUCUCUCCGCACUAUGACUCCCUGCUGGUCAAGGUCAUCUCCAGCGGAAAGGACCUCCCUGCCGCUGCCGCCAAGAUGAGCAGCCCCUGCGCCAGAGUUCCGUGUCUUGGCGUCAAGCAAGAUUGCAGUAGAUUGGUGUCGUGA